UCUGCCCCUCCCGAGUCCCGUGUAAGGAUUCCUCUGUUCUCUUGAGCGUCUUCCUCUAGGGUUAGGUUUCCUCGUUUUCGCCGCCACCCCACAAUCGAAUCCCCUCCCUCGCCGUUUUCCUCAUCCAUCUGACUCCUCCUCCUCUCUUCCCCAGCUUAAUUUCCAUGGCAUGCUUGUUGAACGAAGAUGGCACAUACUCCAUGGUCUUCCCCAAGGAGGACGGGGAUGACACCAGGCCGAUCUGGCUCCGUCCGGCGGACCGUCCCGAAUCUUACCCAGCUUCCCCUCCCAAGUCGGUCCUCCUCGACACCAUGAGCUACAUCGACGACGAGCGCACUGACACCACGGCCGACUACGACGCCAAGGACGGCAGGCCCAUCUAGGUGACCUUCUGGAUGUACCACCCGACGCUUGUCUCCUAUUUCACCGUCCACUGCCCCGGCCUGAAACCUGACGCGUUCCCUGAGAUGCCAAAUAUCCUCGCCACGGACGGCGACCUCGCGCUCCUCCGCAUCCCCUCCGGCCCAGCAAAUCCACUCAGCGAUCUGCCCCCCGAUAGAUACUUCAUCUACCGGAUCGGCAGCAGCACUGGCCUCAAGAAGCCUUCGCUUCGUCUGCUCCCCGACCCUGACAAGCUCAUAUUUUCUGACGAUGAUGUUGGUCUCCUGAGCUGCUGCGGCACCGGCCACCACAAAAGUUUCUUCGUGGCCGCCUUCUCCACAGUGCCCUUACUCAGUCCCGGCAGCUCUGUCAAGUUCUACAUCAACUUGUUUGAUUCUAAGACCUGUCAAUGGACCACCAAGAGGGUCUUCGCCGAUUCACCACAUGCUUGCCAUUACAGGUUCACAAACAAGGUGAUCACAAUCGGAGGAGACAACGGUUCAAUUGCUUGGGUUGACCUCUCACAUGGUAUCCUCAUCCACGACGUGCUCCUAGGCAACACCAUCCUUCAUCACAUUCCCUUGCCACCGUCAGAGUUGCCCAACCCCAGAAUCAACUCGGUGCGGGACAUGGCUGCAGUCAACGGUUGCCUCAAGUACGUCAGCAUGAGCUACCCUGGUAUCAUCGAACGCGGCACUAGCUACUACUUUGGGAAUUGGAAAGUCGAUGGAUGGAAGAUGGCGAUGUAUCCUUCAGGGAUCUGGCAAUGGCAGGAGGACUACCAUCUCAGAGCUUCAGAGAUCGCAAUAGAUGACCCAAGCCAUCUCGAGCUGCUGCCUGAUCAUCUGCCUCAUGAUUUCGACAAGAAGCUUGUUCUGACGAGGCUCCACGCAGGAAGUCCUGCUGUGAGCUUGCAAGAUGAUGAUACUGUCUACAUCAUGACCAAGGUUGAUUUCUCGGAUCACAAGUCGUGGGUGCUUGCUGUCAACACGAGCACC